GCGGGCGCGGCGCCUCUCCUGACGGCGGCCUGUGUCCGCAGGAGAUCCGGAAGGAGGUGCAGGCGCUGGAGCAGACGGCCCGGGAGAUCCUCACGCUGCUGCAGGGCGUGCACCAGGGAGCCGGCUUCCAGCACAUACCAAAGAAAUGUCAGAAGGCUCGUGAGCACUUUGGUACAGUGAGAACACAGCUGGAAUCCCUGAAGACCAAGUUUCCCGCUGAUCAGUAUUACAGAUUUCAUGAGCACUGGAGGUUUGUGCUUCAGCGGUUGGUGUUUCUGGCAGCAUUUGUAGUCUACUUGGAGUCAGAAAUGUUAGUGACCCGAGAAGCUGUUGCAGAAAUACUUGGGAUUGAAGCUGAUCGAGAGCGGGGCUUUCACCUGGACAUUGAAGACUAUCUUUCUGGUGUAUUAACUCUCGCCAGUGAGCUGGCCAGACUGGCAGUGAACAGCGUCACGGCUGGUGACUAUUCUCGCCCUCUCCGCAUCUCAACUUUUAUCAACGAGCUGGAUUCCGGCUUCCGUCUCCUCAACCUGAAGAAUGACUCCCUGAGGAAACGUUAUGAUGGCCUGAAAUACGAUGUCAAGAAAAUUGAGGAAGUGGUUUACGACUUGUCGAUCAGAGGACUCAAUAAGGAGGCAACAGUUGGUGCGGGUGGAGAGAAAUGAAGGAUGCUCAUUUUAACAGCAUCAUUGAUUACCUCAGAUGGUUGCCAAUUUAGGAAGCAUGCUAGCGAAGCCUUCCUACAGUAGUUUAGAAGAACUGCAGCUGAAAGCUGCUCUCUAUUUUCUUACAAAAGGUGUAGUACGGGUGUUAGAUCUUGAAAUGUUUUGUAAAAUCAUGUCUAGAUUAGGGCAGGAGGCUCUCUGUUUCCAGUGGAAUUCCUCUGUCAAAACACACGGUGCCGUUCUGUGCACAGCAGCAAUAGUAGUCAGUAACUCCCAUGAGCCGAAGUCCUCAUUAGUUCUGUGGUGUUGCUUCACUGCUCUGGCAGCGAUGUGCUUCAGCUGUCUCUGCUCACACGCCU